AGAUUUCAAAUCGAAGACGCAGCCAUGAAAGACCCAAGUCGCAGCAGUACCAGCCCGAGCAUCAUCAGUGAAGAUGUGAUUAUAAAUGGUCAUUCCCACGAAGACGACAAUCCCUUUGCGGAGUACAUGUGGAUGGAAAACGAAGAGGAAUUUAACAGGCAGAUCGAAGAGGAGUUGUGGGAAGAAGAAUUCAUCGAGCGCUGUUUCCAGGAGAUGCUGGAAGAGGAGGAGGAGCACGAGUGGUUUAUUCCAGCCCGUGAUCUCCCACAAACAAUGGAUCAGAUCCAGGACCAGUUCAAUGACCUUGUUAUCAGUGACAGCUCAUCACUGGAAGAUCUGGUGGUCAAGAGUAACCUGAAUCCAAACGCAAAGGAGUUUGUUCCCGGGGUGAAGUACUUAAAUAUUUGAGUAGACUGGGCCCGCGCUUGGUGGAUGUAGCACAAUUUCCACACUGUGAAGCCAGUAUUAGAAGAUUUAAUUGUAAAAGCUCUCUCUUCUUGUCACUGUGUUACACUUAUGCAUUGCCAAAGUUUUGUUAGUCUUGCAUGCUCAAUAAAAGUGCUGAGACUGUUAUUAAGUAAAUCUGUCAAAAGUUUAAUGGAAACCUAAUUGGGCCCUGGCUCUCUGCAAAGGAGGCAGUGAGGUAAGAAGCACCAGUCAAGUUGAGACACAGCACCACGCUCACCAAACCUUCUGCAGACUCUGUCUUUUCAAACAGGACUUGGAA